AUGGAGCGCCCAGCCGAGCAUGUGGUGCCCGCGACGCCGACCACGACGCUGGAUGCCCAACAGACCAACAUUUCCACCUCUGCGGACCUCCAGCCCGCUAUGAGCGCCUGGAUGCCGCAAACGGGCCUAAAUCUGCAGGAAGGCUCGACCGGACACUCAUCACAGAUUUCUUGCGGCUCUGGAGAGCCCAAUCACUCCGUCCCGGCUGGUUGGGACCACUCGAUAACCCCCAGAUCAACGCUGCCCGGCAAGGCCGGGCUCGACUACCCCGGGCAGCUGCCGCAAUCACUCGUCAAAGACGGUAGGGCUGUCGAUGCUGCGAGCUGGAAUCCUUUGCAAUCCAUGCCUAACAUGAAUACAGGGAGCUGGGGUCAAAAGUCCUACGACCAGUUUGAGCUGUACCCGUUUGAUCCCGACGCCCCCAUCGGGCAAGCGUACACCACCGACGAGAGCAUCCCCAUCAUUGACCUUCGAUUCUCGCAAUCCCGCCAUGAGCUGUCGUCUUCCUACUCAGACCCCACGGCUAUCCGUCGUUCCGACUCUUCCCUCGGCAUGUCGACGCCCGCCGCCUACUCCGACAUGCCCACCACCGCCACCCCUACCUGCGGCGCCGGGGACGACGUCUCGACGACGACGCUGUCCGAGGCGCCCACCUUCUCCGACUACGGCACGCUGUCCAACCGGACCUCGCUCAUGUCCACGACGCACAUGUCGCCUGUUGGCUCGCCGCGGCUGACACCCCAGAGCCGGCCGGACCAAGUCCGCGCCCAGAGCCGCGGCCGCGCCUCGCCCUCCCCGCGUCCCAGCGUGCGCUCCACGCCGUACAGCACCGACGGCAGCCUCCGCAACACGGCACGCUGGUCCACGGGCUCGCACAACAUCGGCAGCAGCCAGCAGGGCCGUCUGAACUCGCCGUUUGGCUAUGGCGGGUCGUCGAUGCAGGACUCGACCAUGUCCUCGUCGCAGCGGUACUCGAUGCAAGGGCUGGCGCCGUCUUCCAUGCCGCACAGCAUGGUCUCGGGGCCGCCACCGGGAAGCACCAUGCCCAUGCAGCCCACGUACGUCCCCUCCAUGGCGAUGAAUGGCGGCUACCGAAACAGCACCAUGAUGAUGGGCGGACUUGGCCACCACCCUCUGCCGACCUCUCACGCCAUGCACCACGACAGCAGCAACCAUCACCACACCUUGCCGCAGCCGCCGACCCUCGCCUCCCACGGUCUUCUCAAGCUCCUGCAGAACAACAUGGAGUCGCAGUCGUCCUUCCACGGCGGCGGCCACUACGCUGACCUGUCGGCGCCGCCGGACCUCUACCCGGCGCUGCACCAGGAGCCGGCGCCGCCGCCUCCCGAGGACAUGAACCCGUCGGAUCCGGAUCUGGUGCCGUACGAGCAGGAGCUGCGCUUCGACGGCGACAUGUACACGCCGCGGUGGGUACGCGGACAUGGCAACAAGCGCGAGGGGUGGUGUGGCAUCUGCAAACCGGGUCGCUGGCUGGUGCUCAAGAACUCGGCAUACUGGUACGACAAGUCAUUCACGCACGGCAUCAGCGCGGCCACGGGCGCGCCCUUUCAGGAGCCGCUGGACAAGCGUCGCAUGGACGGCAACCCGGACGUCUGGGAGGGACUGUGCGGGAGCUGCAAUAAAUGGAUUGCGCUGGUGAGCAGCAAGAAGAAGGGCACGACGUGGUUCAGACACGCAUACAAGUGUCAUUCUCACGCCAAGAUCAAGGAUACGCCCAAGCGGAGGAGAGACCAAGUACACAGCGCUCGCAUGCCCGGUCCUCCUCUCUCCAUGGGCGGCUUACACGACCACCAUCAGCAGCGUCCGGGCACUCCGCCGGCGAGCAUGUCUCACGGCCUCACAUCGGCUUCCUACGCGAGCAUGGGCGGCGGCGGUAUCAACACCUCGAUCCCGCAGUACAUGCAUCCCCAGCAGCAGCAGCAGCAGCAGCAACAGCAGCACCCACACCACCACCAGGCCCUUGGCCCAUUGACACCACCCCAGUCCCUGCGAUCCAGCGUCGGCCGUACGCUGCUAUCGAGCCCCACUACAAUGUAUGGCAAUGUGAUAUAG